UAAAAUUUUAUUUUUUUUAUCCAUCUUUUCCAGUCGGCUAUAUAUUUUUCUAAGUUCACCAUGGCUGUUUUAUCACAAUUGCUCUGUAUAAUUUAAUGUCACCUAGUCUAUGUAAUCCACUUUAAAUGAUCGAUAUUUUAGGAAACCUUACCUGAAUAAAUCUAGGCUUUAUAUGUGAGAUUAUCUCAGUGAUACACAUAUAAGGCUAUUACUCCAAGAUGAACUCAUGCAGCUAUAUGUUGAAGCAUGUAUUCAUUUUUGUUACUUGUCUCAUAACCAUAUAACAACUCCAACAGCAACAGUGCUUAGCGGCGCUUAAAGCUCCGCAUUUUCUCUCUCUCUUUACCUGGGUAAUGUCUGGCUGUAGCACCGAAGGACUCCGCCAGAGACGUCUGCCUUGCCCUUGCACCUGAUAUAUUUUGCGGCUGCUCUUCUGCCCGCCUCUGCACAAAUAUCUCAUAUUCGGUUUUGUGGUUUGUUUGUAAGUGUUUUACUAGAUUUGUUGUGUUGCCACAACUCUUCACGGUUCUCCCACAAAGGACACACACUGCAUCCUGGCUGUUUGUGGAGCUAAAAUAGCUCCACACAUGGCUUCUCUUCCGCUCCGCCAUUGAAUUACACACACACUAAGCGAGAGACGAGUGAGCAGCAGCGUGCCAGCGUGCCACUGCGCUUACGUAUUAGGCACUUACCCAGGCGGAAGAAAGAGUAUUUCCUACCAGCAGCGUGUCAUUUAGACAAGAUCUGAAUAGUUUAGUUACUUUCCACCGUAUUCCUGUUAUUACCGCAAAUGACUGAAGUAUCGAAAGUAUCGAUAUUUUCAUUUGAGAAUCGAUUUUUAGAGCAUACAGAUCUGGUAUCGGAAGUAUCGAUAUUUCAGUAUCGAUCCACACAUCACUAGCGCUCAAUCUCUCAUCCCCGAGCGCAGUUUAGCCGCGGUGUUUCUGGUUUAACAGCGCCGUGCUGGACAGGUGACAGGUGUGUCUACGGUGUCUGUACUUUGAAAGACGUUACAGCAGGUAAAGGGACAAAAAUUAACGAGUUCACUCGGGUGUUAUGUUUACAUCAAUGCCGAUCGGAGCCGAUAAAUACCCGCGUCUACUGCAGAGUCAUUUGAACCGGAUGUGAAUGCCGAUUAAACCCUUUUCCGAUAAUGACUUUAGCGGGUUUUUUGACCAGUGGGAAAUGGGCUUCACAGUUACGCCCCUCUAUUCAUAACGUAUGGUGACGUCACUUCCUUUUUUUACAAUAGCUUUUAGCGGGACAAACGUUAGAGACAACUCGUGUGGGAUCUCCUGAAUAUACGAGAAAAUGGAAAACAUUUGCCUUAACAGUUUAAUCCUGAAACUGCACGAUGUGAACGCGGUGAAGUUUGGAGAGUACAAGACAAAGAGCGGCAUGAUGACACCUAUUUAUAUCGAUCUGAGAGUUCUGGUAUCGCACCCUGUUCUCAUGAAUCAGGUGGCAAGUCUCAUCUACGAGCGAGUGCAAGAAGAGGAGCUAAAGUUUGACUCAGUGUGUGGGGUUCCAUACACAGCCCUGCCUUUGGCCACAAUUAUCUGCUCUAGACAUGAACUGCCCAUGCUCAUCAGGAGAAAGGAGGCCAAGGACUAUGGAACCAAGCGUAUGGUGGAGGGGUCGUAUCGUGAGGGGGAUCGGUGUCUGAUCAUUGAGGACACAGUGACUACGGGCAGCAGCAUCCUGGAGACUGCUGAAGUGCUCUACAAAGAGGGACUGAAGGUGACAGAUGCCAUUGUACUAAUGGACAGAGAGCAAGGAGGUGUGGAGAUGUUGCAUUCUAAGGCAAUCAAGCUCCAUCCUAUCAUCUCCAUGUCCAAGCUGCUCAGUGUGCUGCAGAAAGGUGACCGCAUCGAUGCCCAAACUGUUAAGAGAGUCCGCAAGUUCAUCACGGACAACAACACUUUCAGGCCCAAGGAGGAGAAUGGCAAUGGAGUUCCUGCCACCAAGAAGCCACGUGUGGAGCAGAACCUGCAGCUGAGUUACGCAGACAGAGCCAAACUUCCAAACAUUCACCCUCUGGCAUCAAAGCUGCUGAAGAUCAUGGAGGAUAAGCAGUCUAACCUCUGUGUGUCUGCUGAUGUGACCAGCAGCGAGGAGCUUCUUCAGUUGGCCGACUCUCUAGGUCCCAAGAUCUGCAUGCUGAAGACACAUGUAGACAUCCUCAAGGACUACACAGUGGCCUUCAGCCAGAAACUGCAGGUAUUGGCCAAGAAACACAACUUCCUCAUCUUUGAAGAUCGCAAGUUUGCUGACAUUGGGAACACAGUCAAGCAUCAGUACGAAGGUGGUUUGUACCAGAUCUCAUCUUGGUCCCACAUAGUGAAUGCUCAUGUGGUGCCGGGGCCGGGGGUGGUGGCCGGUCUGAGUGCAGUAGGAAAGGCUCUGGGCCGAGGCUGUUUGCUAAUCGCGCAGAUGAGCUCCCAGGGGUCGUUGGCUACUGGUGAAUACACAAAGGCUGCGCUGAAGAUGGCAGAGGAUCACUCAGACUUUGUGAUCGGCUUUAUCUGUGUUUCUAAGAUCAACAAGAAGCCAGAGUUCAUCCACAUGACCCCUGGGGUUCAGAUGCAGGCUGGAGGUAAACUGAAGACUUUUGAUCAGACCUCCAUUGGUGAUAUGUUGGGCCAGCAGUACUCAACUCCGGAGGAAGUUAUCCACAACCAUGGUUCUGAUGUCAUUAUUGUGGGACAGGGUGUGUUGGAGGCCCCUGAUAGGCUGAAAGCUGCCGAGUCUUACAGAAAGUCAGGCUGGGAUGCUUACACAAAGAGACUGAGCCAGAGUGGACAAUAAGAGCUCAGGUGUAGCAUCUGUGUCAUUACAUCUCAUUUCAAAUUUAAACUAUCGAUGUAAUGAUGAUCUCUGCAGAUGAACUAGAACUAUUACAUUUUACAUUGUCCAGGAACAGGAUUGUGCACGUUAUUGUGCAUAUAGUCAUAUGUAUACAUGUGCAUCUGUACACCACACUGCCAAACCAAAAUACACACCUGUUCCUGCACAAAUACAUAGUUUAUUAACAUUUGUAGGGGAUACCUGGCAGGAGUAGGGAAUCAGACACUUUGUGUUCUUCUGAUUCCCUCCUAUUGACCUGACAUCUGAUGCUCUGAGGUAAAUGUCUCCAAUUGGAGAUAAACGGCAGCUUCCCUAUGAUAGAUAGUUUUAUAUAAAUGUUUUUUCAAUUGUGUGUUCUGCUGUGGGCUGCUCAAAUAUAAAUCUAGAUGUCAUUCCACCAACAAAGAUGACCAUCUUCCAGCCAGCGUGAAGCCUUUAUUUGUCACAAACCUACAGACUUGUCAUACAGGAGUGGGUGUGGCUAAAACUGUUUAAUUAUAUAACACUUCUGUUGAAAUUAUGAGUAUAUUAAGCACACAGUGGAGCAUCUUUUGUAUGUUGAGUUGCGCAGUCUGCAUUUUCCUCAUCACUGUUCACAAGGGCACACACAUACUAAUUAGUGCAAGACAGUAUCUUUAAUUCCUCUAAAUACUAAAUCAUCUCAACUAGUAACUUUUUUGUGCUGUAUUUCCAUUGAUAAAGUGGAAGUAAAAGGACAAUUAGCUUUUCCACCUAAACUCUGGCCACCUCAUGGAUCCUGCAGGGAAAAGAAAAGAAGAAGGAAACGUAUUGGAUUGUUACAAAGAAGUCUCUGACAUUUCUCUCUCCAUCUUAUCUGGUCUGUGGGACUGUAACAUUACAGUUGUACCCAUCCACACACAAGAAAGGUCUACUGGGAGAAGUAUGCUGUUGGAUCGGUCAAGGUAACAUUCAGUGUAUCCAGUGUAUUGUUUCUUUCCAUGUGCCACAAUUAUUUAAA